AAAACUGAGCUCUUUUUGUCCUUGGUAGUUUACGGUGGUAAACAGGUAAAUACAAAACGCAGUCUAGUUGACGUUAUUUCGUCGAAUAAUCAGGUGCAUAUUAUUAUCCAAGUUUUCACAGUUUCCUGGUCAAUUCUUCUGACUCACUUCACUAGGAUUGUCAGCGAUUUGGAAAUCGGGAUACCAUGAAAUUUACAGACUGAAGCCCUCUAAACGGAAAUUGUUGAUCGUAGUUUUUCGGAAAUUUAUCUUUGUUGCUGAUGCGACUUUCGCGAACACGUGUUUACACUACUCAGGUAACAUGAAAUACUCAAGGCUUCUUGGAACAAAGCAUAUGCCUUGUUUAUAUGUACGUUAUAUACGUUGAAUAUACGUGAAAAAUGACUCGUUUGGUAUCAAAAUGUGUGACCUUAUCGUUCAGCUACCGUGGAUUCUGUACAGUAUCUUGUUGUUCGCAAAGCUUGAUGUGGCGCUAAUAUUUUUCUUUCAUUGCAUAUAAUAUAAUUGUAGGCUAUCAAUAUUGAAAUAAAGUCAGUGUGCUAGCUGAACCAGGGAUACUUUUCAAAACCUGUUGCCACUAAGUAAAAUGUAAGUCCCUGAAACUAUGCGAGAUCAGAAAAGCAAGGAUUAAUUGCGUCCUUUAGGAAUAGUUGUUUUACUUAAUAGAUUAGUCUGAGGGCAUCAUGUAAGUAAUAUGCGAGCACAAAUGUCUGAUCAGAACCAUAGGGAUUGUGGCUUCAAAGAUUCAAGCUUUACGACAUUCAAAGUUACAUAUUUUACAAUAUAAGCUUCUGUUUUACUUGAUUUCACCAAACGUUAGAUACAUAACUUGUUGGAGUUUGUCUUAUUUUCUUCUUAUGGUGUACAGAUCGUUAAUAAAUCCAAGACCCUUAAUACUUUUCGGUAAAAAAUUAGCUUGUUCCAAAUUUUUUUCAGAUCGCUGGUGUGCAUUACAUUCCUAAAACUGUACUUUCUUCCACACGUCCAAUAAAUUGGUGGUUUCUCAUAUUCCUAUUUUCAGUAACACCUACCUUUCUCGAUUUCUUUUAUCAUAUAUGUUUUUCUACCGGUCAUCUCGUAAUAUGUUCAGAAGUUUAUCAACUUACAUUGAUGCAAUAUAUAGGUUUUCUGUUGCUCUCAACUUAAAAGCAAAAACAAACUCUAUGAUGUAUCUAAUGGAUUCACAGUCAACAUUUAUGUCCUCAAUCGGGAUACUAAAAUCUGUAGGGUUAUAAAAUGAUAUGCUAGACAAAUUCAGUCAUUGAAAAUUUCAAAUGUCCUGCUGACUAACCGUAAAGGUAUCUGAAAUAUUUCAAUCGAGCUCAUCGGAAGAAAAAUCUAAGAAGGAAGCAUAUUCGUUUAGCUACUAUUAGAUAUCAGCGAUCCCAUUACAGCAGUUCAGCUACACUAAGUUAUUCCGGUAGGUUUUCAAAAAUGAUUUUUGAGUAGGUGACAAUAAUAAUUUCACCCUAUCCAUUUGGAUCCUCAAAAGUUUUUGGGGCUUAUGUAACAAUAGCGCGUAACAAUAAUAAAGUUUACCACGGGCUAAAAAUGGUUCGGGUCUCAGACUAAGUUAUACUAGUACUCUCAUUGUGGCUUUUAAGAUGACGGUGGAUAAAAUUUUUGUCGGAAAAUAUAAGAAAUUUGGUUCUUGUCAUCUUACAUAAUCAAUGGCGUAAUUAAAUACUAUUCCGGAUCCUGGCUUUGGUAUCACCUUGUAUAAAAACUACCCGUAAGUGGAACAUGGUUUAAACCUGCGACAGGGCAUCAAAUACGAGUCUUUAGACUUCGUUUUCCUCCAACUAAUUGCGAAAUGUUACUUUAGGAUUGAUUUGUAUCAUUACUUACUGGUCUGUAGUAGUAAAAUAGUUGGUUACCACUUAAUUUGUCCUCAGCGUUUCACCAGCUCUGAUUUGUUGUUGUCUGAUAAAAUCUCAGAACAUUCAGAAAACCCACUUGACUUUCUCCAACACAUCACUCAUGACGUAGGCGAGAUGUUUGUCUUCUGAAGCGACGCAGCAGUCCACGGUGUAUUAAUGUGGUCGUAAAAAUGGCUCUUGAACUGGAAAACAUGUGUAGGUUACUGGAGUUUAAUUUAGGUAUCUUUGAAGCAUUACCAGUUUGUCAUGAAACAACUGAGUAAGCAUUGUCAAGGCUAAAAAUAGGGCACUAGACGAAGACAAUUAGUUGGUUAAUGAGGUGAUAUAUUUUCACCAAUGGAGGUGUCUGAGACAUGUGUUGCGUAUGUUCGACCACUGUCUUCUAUGGUCAGUGUUGGCUGAAGCUAGGGACGGCGAAGCUGAAGCGUGACAUCAAUCCACAAAGAUAGUGACUGUUCAAUAGGUCCGUAUUGAUAGAUUCAGAAUAUCAUGUUGGAGUCCGCUCUAUAACCGCUAUCACUUGUUGGAGCCAUCGAGAUAUAGCUCAGGAUUGGUCACUGCCUUGAAUUAAUACUCAUUCUUUUCUCCUAGGUCUUCAUAUUUAAUAUUAUUUCAUUCUUUCUGUUCCUCAAACUCGUUCCUUCUUUCUGAACUGUAUUAUCCAAUAUUUAGUCUUCCUCGCUGACAUUAUGAGCACAGUUACUUCGACCCUCUUGCUAUACAUCUAUACAUCUAUACUAAUUUCACCUCUUACUGAUAUAGUAUAGCGUGAGUCGACACACAUCUGUGGGAGGCUCCAUGUUGAUUAUGAAUAAUUGGUUUUGAACUACCGGGACAAUUUCGUCUAAAAACUAAUCAAAGCGAUUCUUGUAUGUGAAACUUUUUAUGGCAUUAGUAUUUAGUGUUAACGUUUGACCUGUAACUAUGAGUCUUCAUCAAACUAAGGAUUUUUGGGAUUAAUGAAUGAAUAAAUCUACAAUUAACCAGGAACAGACACAACUUACUACAUUAAGGCUCUAAUUGCGUGUUUAUUGAUAAAGAGAGAAGAAGAAAGUUUAGUUCUUCAAAUUUUAGAUAUGUCAGACAACAAUAAUCGAUACUUACCUGUUGUAGAAACGUUGUUUGUACAAUACAUAGUAUGGACACAAAAGUAGGUAUGCUUCAGCAUGCGUUGCUUUCCGUUCCCUCUUCCUAGACUCAGUUUUGUCAUUAGGACUGUCGUUAUGUUUUGCAAACUACGAUAUUCUCUAUCUUCAUGGUGAUAGGCGCUCAAAAUUCCACAUUCUGACAGUGAAGGAGUUUUUAAGAACCACCAAAUUGUCUUGAUAUAUGCCAUAAAAGGUGGGGAAUUAAAGCUUCCUCAUAUAUGACCUAUUCACUUCUAAAUAAUCACUAGUAUCGCUAGUUUACUUGUGUCUGCUAUACAUCGUCAGCUAUGUUUGUACCUCUUUAUUUUCAGUACUAUUUAAUCUACUUUCUAGUCCUGGAUUUUUCAUCAGUUGACAACUUGAGUGUUAGUAUCUAGUCAUAGGCUGUCAUUCAUAUUCAAUUUUUCAUCCUUAUACCUGGUUUUUGACAUGUAAACUUAAUUAGUUGUUUGUGUUAAAGUGACAGACAGUCCUUUUGUUUUGAUUAAUAUGCAUCUAUUCGGAUAUGGAUAAAAUUGGUUGUUUCAUUUGCAGUACUUUACGUCAUUCUUAAUGUUAAAUCCAUGAUCGAAGUACUAUAUUUAGACAAAUUGCUCUAUAUAAUAGACUAAAUACGAAAUCGUGAAAAGAGCCACUCUAAGUUGGUAUGUGUACCCUCCAGUUUGCUUGAUAACUAUCAUAAUUAUCCAAUUAUGACGAAAUUUUCACUUUUCAGGUCAUUAAUCUCGAAUAUCUUCAGGGGUAUUACUGAACUUCCUUUGUUGUUACCAUGAUUAUAUAACCGUUUUAUGGGUAUAUUUUUGAUGCUGAAAUCAUUGCUUCUUUCGAUGUGUUAUUUGUAGUAAAUUGGAAAACUAUUAUGGAAGAGGAAGAUGAUUGGAGACAGUGUGCUGAAUGGUUAAAUAGAUGUCAAGUUAUCCCAGAUGAUCAUCCGGCUUUGGGGCCAGAUGGUAAUGCGAUUCACUUAGUUCAGGCCCUAAUGGACGGAGUUGCUUUAUGCCAUCUUUUAAGCACAUUAUCAAACCAUGAAUUGGAUAUAAGAUCGAUGAAAGAUUUUAGCCAUAUGCCACAAAAUUCUCAGUUUUUAUGCUUUCAAAAUCUUCGACUAUUUACACAAUUAUGUGAGAAAGAGUUUGAUAUUCCUAGAAAUUUGUUAUUUCAACCUGGUGAUAUUUAUCAUGCUAAAAAUUUUGGAAAAGCGAUUGCAACUUUAUCAAAAUUAUCAUACUCAAGGAGAGCACAGUUAACUGGAAUACCUGGUUUUCCACCGGAAAAUUCAAAGCUACAAUCAACUCAUGAAUAUUAUAAUAAUCUUGAGGAAAUCGCUGCUGCAAUGAAUAAAUUACCUGACUCUGGAAAACCAAAUUAUACUCAAAUGGAAGAGGAAAAUAAAGAAAAAUUGUACGAUACAGUGGUGUAUCAAGGUUCAAAAUCUCGUCUAAAUUUGGACUCUGAACCGACAACAGCACGAGCGUAUUGUAUUCGCGAAAUAGUGGAUACAGAAAAAAACUACGUAGACGUAUUGAAAAUGUUAAUUGAGAAAUACAAACAUCCACUUAUCGGAGUUCUUUCGCACAAUGAAAUUGAAGAGAUUUUCAAGUACAUUGAGGAAUUACAUACUAUUCAUAGAGAGUUUUUAAGUAAUCUGAGUUUGGCAACUAGUGCAACUAUGAAUUUUCUUAGUCUAAGUGAUGUUUUUCUUAAAACCCGAGAUAAUCUUCUCAUAUAUGGAGAGUAUUGUGGUCAUUUACAACAUGCUCAAAAUUUAGUCUAUGAAAUUAUGCGAAAUGAUGUGGAAAAACGUAACAAAAUAGAAUUAUGUCAGUCCAAUUCAGAGAAAUACAAUAAAUUCGCUUUGGCUGAAUUACUUACAAUACCAAUCCAACGCGUUUUGAAAUAUCAUCUUUUGUUAGAACACUUAUGUAAACUCACUCCAGCUGAUCACUAUGAUCGUUCUGAUCUAAUCGUAGCUCAUGAAGCUAUGCGUGAAGUUGCAUUAUCUAUCAAUGAUGUUAAACGAGAUCUUGACACGAUUAGUUCCAUUGAUCAAAUUCAAUCCAGUUUACUUGAAAUAAUGCUGCCUCCAGAUAAAAGGUUAUCAAGUUAUGGGCACUUACAUAUGGAUGGAGAAGUGAAAGUUCUUUCCGAAUCAGAAAACAAAGCGAAAACUAGAUAUUUGUUUUUAUUCGAUAAAAUAUUGAUUGUAUGCAAACCAAAGGGUGAUAGUUUUACAUUUAUGUUCGCUUAUCACGUUGUAAAUGGCCAAUCCCAAAGAGUUACUUUACCAAAUAAAAAGGGAUAUUCCUAUGGAUUUACUUUACCAAUUUUGGGUGAUAGAGAUUCGCCAAAUCUUACGUUCUUUACAAAAUCCGAAGAAUUACGUACAGCUUGGAUGAAAGCCGUAAUGGCUGCAUUGUCUAAUCUUUGUCCACCUGGAGCGAAAGACCGAGGUUACAACUUUGAAAUGUUCACAUUUAAACAGCCUACUUAUUGUUGUAUCUGCAAUAAAUUAAUCACGGGAAUGUUCUUUCAAGGUUAUCGUUGUCGAGAAACAAAUCGAGCUGCACAUAAAAAUUGUCUUGCCAAUCAUAAUCUUCCACUGCGUGGUAUAGCUAGUCCACAUAUUAAUGGAGUUCCUCCGAGUGCCCCGCCGCCAUUACCUCCACAGAUCAGUACAGUGCGUAGUCGACGUUCUCAUGUAACGAUGGGAAGUGUACCUUGUACACCUGGAAACAACUCCUUACCUAAUUCAGAAUCAUUUGACUUCUCGCAGUUAACUGAUACAUUAUCUUCUGUGAACCAUUGGCUUGCGACUGAUCAUAACAAUCUGUCGAAUGCCACCUUACAACGUAAUCGACGUAUUUCUUCAGGUUUACCUACAUCAAGUAUUCCUCCAGUGAGCCCGACGUUUGCUAUAGCACGAAAAGCAUAUGAUGGUGAUCCUCUUCCACCAUCAGGUAGUCAUCCUUUGAGAUUAUCCGUUGGAGAUCAAGUUGAAUUGAUCAAAUGGACUGAAGGCUCAUCAUGGUGGCAGGGUUACUGUGAUGGAUCUGAAGGUUGGUUUCCUGCUAAUCAUGUUGAAAUGGUGUUGAAUAAUAAAACGAAUAAGCCAAACAGUACAAGACUUUCUCAUCAAGUAUCUUCAUCGUCUAGUUCUGAUCGAGCACCAGUUUUUAAUAAUAAUAAUUCUUCAGUUCAGAAACCUUUCUUUUCACCAAAUGAAACAUCUCCGUCCAAUUUACCUCUAUGUACAAUAGCAAAUAAAACUUUAAAUAACAGUCUAUCGCCUAUCGUCGGUAAUAAUUAUAAUAAUAUUCCUAGUUCUCCUUGCUCAUCAUUAACAUCUCUUAUUCCAGUGAAUAUGAAUAAUAAUAUAAAUAAUUCAUAUCCUCCAUUAAUGUUUCGACGUUUAAAAAAGCGUAGUUUAUCAGCUUUGGAAAUCCCCGAAUUAUCUCAGCGUAUUGAUUUAGUUCCAUCAGUAUUGUCAACUACACAGACUGCAACAGUUGGUGCAACAGUCACCUCGAGAUUUGAAAAUUUUCCAACAGAUCUAGCAAUGGACCAUUCACAUUACUUUCUGUCGACUUAUCCAUGGUAUGUUGGUGAAAUGGAUAGACUUGAAGCUGUUAAUUUAUUAAGUAAUUGUAUUGACGGUACAUUUCUUGUACGUCUGUCUAAAAGUGCUGAGAGAAUGGGAGAAUAUUCACUGUCUGUUGUAUACGGUCAUCCACGGCAUAUUCGUAUACAACGUUUUUCAUCAUCUGAUAAUUCCUGCAUUACAUAUGGUCUUUGUGAAUUAGAACAGUUCCCAAAUAUACCGUGUGUAAUUGAUAACUACUCCAAAGUGUCGUUAAAUCGGUGCUUCGAUGAAGUUGAUAUCACCUUACUUUAUCCCUACCAGAAGUGUCCUUCAUCGCCAUUGUUCUAUGUUCGUGCAAAUUUUGAUUUUCAUGAUACGUCUAAUACUCGUUUCUUGAAUUUGAAAGGAGGUGAUCGAAUUGCUGUAGUUAGUCGUGCAGCUGAAGACAGAGGCUGGUGGAAGGGAUGGUUAAAUGGUCGUGAAAUGGGAAUAAUACAUGGAUGAUCCAAACAUAUUUGACUUGAUCACUGAAUGAUUGGCAAAGGAAAACAAAGAACAAUAAAACAAAAUUCAUUCUUCAUGGUCGCCAGCUCAAUCACAUUUUAGUAAUUAUCUAUCUAUCCAUUUUAUUACAACCUUAUCAAAGAUAUUCAGCAUACAAUUAUUUGACUGGAUAAAAAUUUAAUACAACUUCCAAGAGUUAUUCCGAUCCAUCAAACAACAUAGCAUAUGCCGCUCACCGGCAUUCACCAUCCAGCUCUGUCCUGGACAAUCCUUUCCAGUUGCCAUUCAUCUUUUUGACGUCUGAUUCUCGAUGCAGUAUGUUCUUUGACCUUCCUCUCUUCUGUUUCUGUUGGGAUGACCCUGCAUUUUUCUCGCAAGCGCCAUGACAAGCUCAGGGCUCAUCAAGGAGCAUUUCAACCAAUCAGCGAUUAAUUAGAUGUUAUGUUACUAAAAUAACGAAAAUGGAAAAGUCAAAUGUGGAGAUCCUGAUUGGCUGAUUGAUACACUGCUACUAUGUUUAGCAGUAUUUUAGAACUUUCAGUAAAACUAAGACUCUUAAAUUACUAUAAAAUCCCUAUAUUUUCUGUACAUAAAUGAACCUUGUAGUAAAGUGUUUCUCUC